CGUUAGCCUGUGGCCUACCCCGAACAGCGCCGCCGCUGCCAUCUCUCCACUCCCCGCAUCCGCUCGUGUCGUCGGCGCGACUCGAGCUCGAUCUUUGGGUUCUCCACCUCGCUCCAUCCCCUUACAUGGCGGACGAAACCAACCGAGCUGCUUUCGUGGAGCUGCAGGCCCGGUUGAUUGAGACCACCGGGAAGAUCAAGCAGCUACAAACCCAGAUACGUACUAAAGAGAGUGAAAAGAAACGUGCUUACCUUACACUGGAGGAACUUCGCCAAUUGCCAGAUGAAACAAACACCUACAAGACCAUCGGCAAAGUGUUUAUUUUGGAGCCAAGAUCACUUCUGGCGAAUGAGCAAGAGCAAAAGUUAAACGACAGCGAGACUGCAAUAUCGUCGAUGCAGACCUCCAAGGAAUAUCUUGAGAAGCAGUUGGGAGAAUUGGAGAACAACAUUAGAGAGCUACUUCAGCAGGACCCUGUGCUAGCACGCCAAAUUCUCUCGAUGACUGUCCAGUGAAAGGUUGUUGUUUCUCAAUGUAUUUCUAGAUCGGAUGUGAUAUCACUCUAACAUUAACAGCUCUUGAGAUGAGCUUUAAUGUAACUGGAUUUAUGUUUUGGCUAAUGAUACACACUUACCAUCCAGCAUUAUAUUGUGAAAAUUAUGAAUUCUGGCAUGAAUAAUCUUUGAUUUAAGUCGAACCAUGUUGAAUUGGCA